CCUUUGUUUCCCUCCUGAGGUUUUAGGUCCAAAAGUUCAUAGCUGCAAAACAAAACAGAGAUGGGGAAGAAGAAAAGCAAAGAUGGCGAUGGCGGCCGACCGAGAACCGAAAGCGAGCACUCCCCCUCCACCAUCUUCGUCUCCAAUCUCCCCUUUUCUUUCACCAAAUCUCAGCUGGAAGAGACGUUCAGCGACAUUGGACCGAUUAGGCGGUGCUUUUUGGUUAUGAAGAAGGGGUCAACUGAGCACCGUGGUUUUGGUUUUGUUCAAUUUGCUGUCAUAGAAGAUGCUAAUCGUGCUGUUGAGCUAAAGAAUGGUUUGUCCAUUGGAGGUCGAAAAAUUGCAGCUAAACAUGCCAUGCAUCGUGCUCCACUUGAACAACGAAGGCCAAAGACUAAUCAAGGAAUUGACGUGGAUGAGACCGUGAAAACAGAAAAUGACAAGGAUAGUGAAAAUCCCCAAGGGGAAAAGGAUGCUUCAAAAUCUCAGGAAAGAGUUGUUACUUUGGAAAAAAAUACAAAGAAACCCGUGAAGACUAGAAAAACAGCAGCACUGAGUAAUGAUCAAGUGGCAAAAGUGGGUGGUUCAGAAAAGCAGAGGGUUGCUAGAACUGUCAUAUUUGGUGGUCUUCUUAAUGCUGGUAUGGCAGAAGAUGUUCAUCGCAGAGCUAGGGAGAUUGGGGACGUAUGUUCCAUCACUUAUCCUCUUCCCAAAGAAGAGCUUGAACAACAUGGUCUUGUGCAAGAUGGAUGCAAAAUGGAUGCUUCAUCUGUACUUUAUAACAGUGUCAGAUCAGCUCAUGCUUCUGUUUCUAUGUUACACCAAAAAGAAAUAAAAGGCGGCAUUGUUUGGGCACGUCAGUUGGGUGGGGAGGGUUCCAAGACUCAGAAGUGGAAGCUCAUUGUUAGAAAUCUUCCUUUCAAGGCCAAAGAGAAUGAAAUAAAAGACAUGUUUUCAUCAGCAGGGUUUGUAUGGGAUGUUUUUAUUCCCCAUAAUCCUAACACAGGGUUAUCUAAAGGUUUUGCAUUUGUCAAAUUCACAGGCAAACAGGAUGCGGAAAAUGCAAUAAAAAAGCUAAAUGGACAAAUGCUUCAUAAAAGAUCCAUAGCUGUUGACUGGGCUGUUUCAAAGAAGAUAUAUGGUAGUGGCAAUAAUGCCCUUGCUUCAGCAGAUGGACAAGAGGAUGAAAGAAAUGGGGAAAGUGACAGUAGCAGUGAUGAUUUUGAGGAUGAUGCUGGGGAUGUCGGUAAAAAAUCCCACCACCAUGAUGGAGCAGACAAUGCUCUAGAUGACAACACCAUAGAGAAAAAGGACGUCCCUACUGAAAUUAAUUUUGAAGAGGAAGCAGACAUUGCAAGGAAAGUUCUAAAAAACUUCAUCACACCCUCUGGUAUAGCAACUCCUGAUGAUGAUUCCACACUGCCCAAAAGGAAUAAGGAGUCAUCUAUUGAUAUGUCUGUUGACAAGCCUAAGAAAUUGUCUUCUGAGACUACAAAAGCAUCAGAGAUUGAUAAGCCUGGAAAGAAAAGCAAAACCACGGCAUCAAAUCUUAUCGAUGAAUCUGUUGAUGAGCCUAAUAGGCCGAAGAAAAUGUCUUCUGAGAUUACAAAAGCAUCAGAGUUUGAUAAGCCUGGAAAUAAAAGCAAAACCACGGCAUCAAAUCUUAUUGAUGAAUCUGUUGAUGAGCCUAAUAACUCAUCUCUUGAGACUGCAAAAGCAUCAGACGUUACUGAGCCUGGAAAGUUAAGUACAAGCACGGUACCAAAUCUUGAACAGGCAGACGAAGUAGAAGAUUUGCAUAGAACAAUUUUCAUAAGCAAUCUUCCUUUUGAGAUCACUAAUGAAGAUGUCAAACAAAGGUUUUCUACCUUUGGGAAAGUUGACUCUUUUGUCCCAGUCCUUCAUCCAGUCACCAAGCGACCCAAAGGAUCUGGCUUUCUCAGGUUCAAAACAAAAGAUGGAGCCAGUUCUGCCGUUUCAGCUGGGAAUGCGGAAUCUGGCUCGGGAAUUACUCUGAAAGGUAGACAAUUAACAGUGUUGCAGGCUUUGGAUAAAAAGUCAGCUCAUGAUAAGGAAUUAAAUGUGGCCAAGAAAGAGGACCUAGACCACCGCAAUCUCUAUCUAGCAAAGGAAGGUCUUGUUCUUGAGGGAACUCCAGCUGCAAAAGGGGUUUCAGCUAGUGAUAUGUUGAAACGCCAAAUGGCGGAGAGAAGCAAGAUGUCGAAGCUUCAAUCUCCAAAUUUUCACGUUUCCCAGACGAGAAUAGUUAUAAAAAAUUUGCCAAAGUCCAUGAAUGAAAAGGAACUAAAAAGACUUUGUAUUGAUGCAGUUACCUCACGAGCUACAAAACAAAAACCUGUUAUUCGCCAGAUAAAGUUCUUGGAGGAUGUGAAGAAAGGAAAGCUAAACACAAAGAAUCACUCUCGUGGAGCUGCUUUUGUUGAGUUUACAGAGCAUCAGCAUGCACUUGUGGCCCUCAGAGUUCUGAAUAACAAUCCUGGAACUUUUGGUCCUGAUCAUCGCCCAAUUGUGGAGUUUGCACUGGAUAAUGUCCAGAAAUUGAAAUUACGAAAUGCUAAGAUUCAAGGGCAGCAGAAUGCAGCUCGUCGUAAUCCAGGUGUACAGCAAAAGGAUGGCUCAAAUAGACCAGAUGCUGAUCCAAGCAAGAAGUUCAACAAACGGAAACAAAGUGUUGACGAGCAAAGUCUGGAUGAAUCAGUACCAAAUAAAGAAGAUGAAGAGGAAAACAGGGUUGGUGAUGGAACUGCCACUGACCAACUGAGAGCUCCUAAGAGGCAGAAACAGGGUCCGUUCGGAAAGGAAAAGAAGAUCUCAUCAACAAAAGUAUCAGGAGGCUCAACAGAGAAUUCGGAAAGCUCAAAACAUGAACCAAACAAUCAUCAAGAUGGCGCAAAGCCUGGUGGUCGUGGGAGAUCAUUCGGACGUGAAUCCAUGGCCAUUGAUGCACAAAAAUCAAAAUCCGUGGGAAAGGCAAAUGUACAACCUCAAAAGAGGAAGCUGCAAGCGCAGAAAGAAGUAGAGGGCGGAGAGAAUGAAACGAGGAGAAAAAGGCCAAAGAAAAAUAAAGACCCAUUAGGGCGGGACGUUGUGGAUAAACUCGACCUGCUGAUCGAACAAUAUAGAUCCAAGCACUCACAACGGAGCUCCGCCCAAACGGAUGGCGAAAAGCAAGGUUCCAAGAAGCUUAGAAAAUGGUUCCAAUCAUAAUUUUUCGUUGAUGUUGUAGAAUUCCAUGAUGAUAAAUCUCUCAAGAGAGUAAACCGUAAAACCAAUUGCUGGAUAUACGGUUGCUAUAAAUUUUGCUCAGUGUUUAAAUUUUGACAAUACUGGUUAGCAUGAAAUUUACAUUUUUCUACUUUUA